AUGAAGCUCACUACCGCCUUCGUUGCCGGACUGCUCUCCGCCAGCACUGUCAUUGCUGCCCCUGGCACUGCCAUGCGCCGUAAGCGUGCCGAGGCUGCCAUCGCUGCCACCACCAACGUGACUGCUGUCGUCCACGGCCCUGAAAACAAGCAGGUCAGCUACUCCAACAACUGGGCGGGUGGUGUCGUCGAGGGCUCCGGCUUCAAGACUGUCACCGGCACCUUUACCAUCCCCAAGAUCACCGUUCCCUCGGGCGGCAGCUCCAGGACCCUGUACUCUGCCUCCGCUUGGGUCGGUAUCGACGGCUACUCCUGCUCUUCCGCCAUCUUGCAAACCGGUGUCGACUUCAGCAUCCAGAACGGCGUUGUCACCUACGACUCCUGGUACGAGUGGUACCCUGACUACGCCUACGACUUCACCGGCAUCAGCUUCUCAGCCGGCGACAGCGUCACCGUCACCGUUACCGCCUCAUCCAAGACCGGUGGUGUCGCAACCAUCAAGAACAACUCCAAGGGCACUUCAGUCAGCCACACUUUCACUGGUCAAACCGAGGGCAGCCUCUGCCAAACCGAUGCCGAGUGGAUUGUCGAAGACUUUACUCAGAUUCAAAAUGGACAGGAGUCGCUUGUUCCUUUGGUUAACUUUGGCACUGUGACUUUUACUGGUGCUUCUGCUACUACCAACAGUGGAUCUAAGGUUGGGCCUGCCAGCGCUGAUGUCAUUGAUCUAAUUUCUGCCAAUGGCAAGACUGUUCUUACUGAUGUUACUGUUGGUUCUUCUACUGUUUCUGUCGUUUACGGUUAG